AUGUCUCAAGCAUACAGUGAAUGGACGCCUGAAGAGAUGGAACUUUACCUCAAAGGAGCUAAACUUUUUGGGAGAAACAGUUGUCUUAUUACAAGAAACAUACUUACCGGAUUUAAGACGUGUUUAGACGUUUACUAUUACAUGCAUGAGCAAGAUCAAUGUAAUAUGUUACUUGAAUAUGAAGAAACUUCAGAAACAGGCCAUCAGGUUAAUAAAGAGACAUCGCGAAAAAAACGUAGGUUGGUCCGGAAAAAAGUCCAACUCCAAAAACAUAUUUCUUAUCCGGCUGCUAUAGAAAAUACAAUGAAUGAAAUAGUGGAUUCGUAUAAGCAGUACACACCAUGCACUUGCGAGCCGGUAUGUGGAGAUCAAUGCCCUUGUUUUCGUAAUGGAAAUUUCUGUGAGAUAUAUUGCCGGUGUCCAAAGACAUGCAACAAUCGUUUUGGAGGAUGUAACUGUACAAAAGGUCAAUGUAUAAACCGAAAAUGUCCUUGCUUUUCCAAUUCUCGCGAAUGCAAUCCAGAUCAUUGUCAGAGUUGUUUUCUUAGUUGUGGAGAUGGCCAUGGUUCUCUUGGUGAGACAUCCAAGACAAGCAAAUGCAAGAACAUGCAAUUCCUCCUUAAGAAACAUAAAAAGAUUCUCCUUGGAAUGUCUGGUGUUCAUGGAUGGGGUGCAUUUACACGGCACUCUCUCAAAAAAAAUGAGUUUCUCGGAGAAUUUACUGGAGAAUUGGUCUCCUUCGAUGAAGCAGAGGAACGUGAGAGAGCAGAUAACAAGCUUGGUUAUUCCUACCUCUUUAACUUAAAUGAUAAGUUCGUCGUUGAUUCUCGCCGUCAAGGAAACAAGUUCAGAUUUCUCAAUCACUCAUCAAAUCCUAACUGCUACGCCAAGGGUGAAUUUGCAAAAUAA